AUGCGCGUCUGGCCCAUGCCACGUCAGUUUAAGUCGUCCAAUGGAAAGGAUGUUGUCAGGCCGGCAAUUUUUAGCCCAUUUAGCCAGUUGACCGUCUCAUUUGGUAAAGCCUCAGCGGCCGACGAGGAUUCCUCUCGUGACCUUGUGACAAAAGCGUACAACCGGUACCAUCGCAUUAUCUUCGCGCACGAGUAUGGCGACGACUAUUCCGAGCUCGACGAUUCGUUUGCGAGUGGGACGUCGCAGGGGGGUAAAGCUGCGACCAACUCCCGUGCGACGGUGGUGGUGAUAGAGCAAAUCGAUGUGCAAAUAGCGCGGCCAGGAGAACCGCUGGAUGUAGGGGUGGAUGAGAGCUACUCUCUCUCGCUCGGAGGAACAAGAGAGCCAGGUGCCGCUCUGAUAAAGGCCAACACAUCGUUUGGUGCCCUCAGAGCGUUAGAGACGCUCAGCCAGCUGUGUCGCUACCACCACCCCUCACGGCUCGUGACUAUUCAUGGUGUGCCUCUCACAGUGGAAGAUUCUCCCCGUUUCCACCACCGGGGGCUGCUCAUUGACACGGCGCGGCAUUUCCUCCCGGUGGUGGAGAUAGAGAGAGUGCUUGAUGCCAUGUCUUAUGCCAAGCUCAACGUGCUCCACUGGCACCUGGUGGACGCUCAGUCCUUCCCCAUUGAGACGCCCUCCUUCCCUCGCCUCUGGGAGGGAGCUUUCUCCCAGGCAGAGCGAUACACUCUCAAGGACGCCAAACACAUUGUCAGGUAUGCAGCAGCACGUGGCAUCGUGGUCAUCCCUGAAAUCGACACUCCCGCCCAUGCGACCUCAUGCCCCACCUGCAAGGAGUCCCGCCUGUACAACCUCCCUCCCUCUUAUGCGUUCCUCAAUUCCUGUCGCUGCCUCCUUACCCCCUGUCCCAUCCGUCCUUACAGGGGGGUGGGCUACCCCGUGCUCUAUCCCAGGCCCCACCCGCAAAGAGCCUCAGGGUGUGCCUGUAGAACCUCCCUGCCUCUUCUGCCUCACUUCCUGUCACUGCCUCCGUACCCUACCCCUCCCAUCCGUCCUUACAGGGGAGUGGGCUACCCUGUGCUCUACCCCAGCCCCACCUGCAAGGAGCCUCUUGAUGUCUCAAACGACUUCACAUUUGAGCUGAUUAAGGGCGUGCUCACUGACCUGCGGUCAGUGUUCACAGGCAGCAGAAUACACAUAGGCGGGGAUGAAGUGAAGGAAGGUAGGGGAUAG